AUGCAGUCUCCGAGUGGAUUUAACCUUUUUUUGGUCGCCCUGACUACUCUCGCUUCGGGCCUGGGGAAUUUGAUUGGUGCCAACUAUGUGGAAACGCAUUAUGGCUACCAGCAAAGCCCGUCGUGGCGUGAGAUGCCGACCAGUCGAAUGGCCUACCAGGGGACUCGAGUGCCGUUCCGCGGGGGCCCGUCGGCCGACAUCAACGGACACGGAUAUUUAUGGGGCAGUUACCCAAGGAUGGCGACAGGUAACACAAAAGUCAACCCAUAUUAG